AUGAGAACCAAGCAGUCCCCAUCCAAACCCACACCAACACCCCCGUCGUCACAAGAAUGCAUAUCCCUCAGCCCCCAAACCAAGAAAUUCCUCCACCGCAUCUCCCUCCAUCCCACCCUAACCCCUUACCGCCGCCGCGUCUACCGCACCCUCCUCUCCGUGCCGAAAGGGCGCUGGACCACGUACUCGGCGCUCGCGACACACCUAGGCUCCAGCGCACGGGCCGUGGGGAAUGCAAUGCGCACGAACCCGUUUGCGCCAGAGGUGCCCUGCCAUCGGGUGCUGGCGACGAAUGGGACGUUGGGGGGAUAUAAGGGAGAGUGGAUCUUGGGUGGGAAGUAUCAGGUUGAGAAGCGGCUGUUGUUGGAGGCGGAAGGAGUGGUGUUUGAUGAGCGUGGGAGGGCGCAAGGGGAGUGCUUUCGAGGGUUUGUGGAUUUGGGGAGUGGAAAGUAG